AUAGACCUCCUUGACACAUCCGGCAGAGAGCUUGUCCGCGUUGACUAAAAGCCACAACAGUUCAUUGAGUUUAUGUAGGUCAGCAGGAGACUCUUUUGAGAAUAAGAAAGUCGAAAUACCCAGUCAGAGCAGGUUAGAAGCGUCAGCAAAUUAUAUCUUAAGAGGGGGAAUCCUAAAAAAAAAGCUGUCCGGUGUUAGCCAACCUGCAACCGGCUGCUCAAAGGGAAACAUUGAACUUUGCUUGAGAUAAAACCAGUGGGACAGAGUUACUGGCAGAUAAAGGAGGAAGUUGGCGGUCUAGAGCAACAUUUUUUAUAUAGAGUCUGGGCUUAAAUAGCCUUUAGAGUUAUCUUAAGGUGAAACAAGGUCCUUCUCCUACAAGGUGACGGUGAGGAGGGGCGAUGGACUUCGUGGCGGGAUGCAUCGGAGGUGCUGCUGGAGUCUUGGUUGGACAUCCUUUUGACACAGUUAAGGUGAGACUGCAGGUCCAGAGUAUUGAUAAGCCUCUGUACCGGGGGACCUACCACUGUUUCCAGUCCAUCAUACGACAGGAGACGAUAUUUGGCUUGUACAAAGGCAUUGGAUCCCCCAUGAUGGGCCUGACAUUCAUCAAUGCUUUAGUGUUUGGUGUUCAGGGAAACACCAUGCGGCUGUUGGGACAUGACACCCCCAUGAACCAGUUCCUCGCCGGAGCAGCGGCAGGUGCCAUCCAGUGCAUCAUCUGCUGCCCAAUGGAGCUGGCUAAAACACGCAUGCAAAUGCAGGGAACCGGAGAGAAGAAGUCUUCUAGGAAGCUGUACAAGAACUCCCUCGACUGCUUGGCUCGCAUCUACAACCGGGAGGGUCUGUGGGGCAUAAACAGAGGAAUGCUGACCACGCUCAUCCGAGAGACACCAGGAUUCGGUGUGUAUUUCCUGGCCUAUGACGUUAUGACACGCAGCCUUGGCUGUGAGCCAGACGACCGCUACAUGAUUCCCAAACUGCUGUUCGCUGGGGGCAUGGCUGGCAUCGCCUCCUGGCUCUCCACCUACCCAGUAGAUGUGAUCAAAUCACGCCUGCAGGCAGACGGGGUGGGUGGAGUGAACCAGUACAGCAGCAUCGCUGACUGCGUGCGACAGAGUGUCAGGAGAGAGGGCUACAUGGUGUUCACACGAGGCCUCACCUCAACGCUGCUACGAGCCUUCCCUGUGAACGCGGCUACCUUCGCCACGGUCACCCUCAUCCUCAUGUACGCUCAAGGGGUGGAGGAGGGACCUAAAGACUGUGAAGCAGCUCCUUCAGGUCACCACACACAGAUCCAGCAGCAGGCCCAACCCUCCAGCCUGUGACAGCCCUGACGUCUCACCCUUGCAAAUUACUCAUACAAAACCUUCAUUUCUGUCUGACUCUGUUUCUCAUCAGACCAGUCAUUCCCAACACUGAGUCAGAAAAAACCCAGUUUAUACAAACUCUUGUUUUUACAUCUUAAACAAAGGAAAGAAAGGAGAAGGUUUUAUUUAUUUUUAACAAUGAUUUUAUGUUUUGGUUGGCCUCUGAUCGUGCAGUCUUGAGUCAUCUCCGAUGGUGAUGCCUCUUAUUAGAAGGACUUUGAAGCUAUGAGAUUCCUAAAUGUUUUAAACAGCAACUUUUAUCUCUCAUAAACCUCUUGUAUGACACUGAUCCAGACCUGUUACUGAGCCACCAAAAUAAUGGUGUGGCUACGUCGUGUAUUAAAUUGAUAUCUCUUACAUCAUCUUGAAAAGUACAGUUAAACUGCAUCUGUAUAUAUUACUGAUUUCUUUUUUUAAUGUAUGUUGGAAACAAUAUUUCUGCCUUGUGUAAUGAACGCUUUUUUUGUGAAGCCGAAGCUCCUAACUGCACCUAAACUGUAUCCUCUGAAGAGCCAAGCAUCUUCAUCGUGUGAAGAACUUAUCGUGUGUGUGCGUGCGUGCGUGCUUGCGUGUGUGUUUGUAAUUCAAACCAAAAAUCAUACUGCAGCUUUCUGAUGAUAACUUAAGCACUGAUGUUCCACAUAGCUCAUGUUUUACAGAAAUGCACUGGUCUGAAGGCUCCAGAGGGAAAGUAAAGCCUUUGUGUGUGGAUUGUAAAUUGCUUUUAUGUUUUCUGUUUUCUUUGUCCAUCAGUCUGGGAGCAUAUUACGUUUCAUCAUUCUGGCUUUUCUCCUGCAUAAACGUCACAAUCCAGAUGUUUAAUUAUCUUUUCUUUUUUUUUUUUUAAUGUAUACCCUCUAAAGCCAGGGAUGGUAUGGGUUUUAUAUGGUUCCGCAAUUUCAUGUCAUGUGGGGCUGACAAAUGUCUCAAGUAUGUCGGUUUUGCAGAUGUAACUCUGUGUAUGUUUCAAGUUCAUUCUGGUUGAAGAAAUACAACCCCACAUUUGUACCCAGAACUUGCCCCAGGACUUUUUUUGGCACUAUAUAAUUCUGAGGCCAGAAAAGCUUUUAAAAGCCUUUUGAAAAAGAGUCAAUCUUUUGUGAGGCUUUGUUUUAUUCUCGACCUGCAUGGUGUGUCCCUGUGGAAAUAUUUAAAGUGAUUGUUUCCCUAAAUUUGCACCAACAGUUUGUAUACUGUACCUAAUCUGGAUGUGGGCCUUAAUAAUUUAUUUUAUUGAGUGUUUUAGUCGCUUAUUUAUUUAAAAGUGUUGCUGAUGAGUUUGGAUUGUCUACUUUCUGCAUGGGCUUGGUCAACAUCCAAUAUUUUGUUUCUGUAUUUUGUGUCUGAAUAUUCUAUUUUUUGCUGUAAAGUCUAAUGCAAAAAGCUUCCCCAGCUCUAAAACUAGCUACGAUAUCAAACUGUUGCAAUGUGUGAAUGACUACUGUCUACACUCUAUGACCAAAGUCAGUGGACAACAGACCCUCACAACUAUACUGUAGCUUGAUGAACUUCAUCAUCUCUAACUAUGGGCACUGAUGUGAAUUUAAACCCUAAAGCUUUAACAGGUAAACUAUUGUUUCAUCAUGUUGCAUUUAGGAGAAACUUCAUUGGAAAUAAGUGGAGGGGUUAAAUGCCCCCGGACCAAGAUCCCUCCUCUGACUUUGGUGAUAUAGUGUAACACAUUGUCUUGAAUGUAUCCCACCUGAAACUCACUGAAGGAUUACAUCAUUUCUUUGGGCCCUGCUAUUUAAAUGUAGAUGUCCCUUGUUGUGAAAAUUGCUGCUGAAAUGCUGCCUAGAUACUUGAAAACCUACAAGGCUCGUUGUGGUUUGAUGCUAUGUGAUGAAGACUAAUGAAAGUGGAACAUUUAAAAAGGGAGAUUUGUUUUGUCUGUAGAUGUUGCUUGUGUUUAAUAAUUCCACCUCUGAAUGCGGACUGUUAUCUAUGUUUCAAUAAUGUAGAUUAUGUCUCAAACAAACAUUGAGUCCAUCUGUUGUGAAGGAUGCAAUAUGUACAGGUUGUGUUACUAUUGAUGUGAUAUAGCAUUGAAGUGGUAUUGUAAAUAUAUAUAUAGGCAUAUAUAACAUCUAUUUUUCAGUCUAAAGUAGAUCUGUGCUACCCCAAAACUCUGAGCAGUUUUUAAAGACUUGGUGUGAGCCGUUUGUGUGAGCUCUUCAACUGAAUAGAUUAUAUAUGAAAAACUGAGACUUCAUAUUUUUGUAACAUAGUCAAACAUAUUCCUAUUUGUCUACAUUUGUCAUUGAGCAUCUGUACAAAUGGGUAAAUAAAACUCAUUCAGAAAA